UUUACCUCAACAUAUCUUUCCUUUCACUUCUGAUUUAUUAAAUUUCCCUCUUUCCAAUUCAUAUAUUUUUUCAAGAACCUUCCCACAAAGAAGAAAAAAAAAAUAUGGAGAUUGAUAGUAGCAUGUUGAUUAAAGUUGGUCUAUUUGUUCUAGUUCAAGCUCUAGUUUAUUUGAUUUUAUCUAAGUCGUCCAACAUAUUUUCAAAGACCAAAAGAUCCUACAGCUUCAGAACUGCUCGUUCCGUCAGCAUUCGCCGGAUGGCGGCCGCCCUCGCCGACUUACCUGCCGGCGGUGAACCAUCUCCGACCUCCAAUGACUUGAAAUCGGUCAAGUCUUCAAAUUCUUUUAAGCUAUUCUAAGACUCUCUGUACAUUUUUGGGAGCUUUUUGGUAUUGUUUAUUUAAUUUGUUCCACCUUGGUGUGAAUUUGGGAUUUGUUUUCAUUCCCUGUAAAUAAUUACAAGUUGUGUGAAAUGCUAAAACUUUGAAAAGUUGCAAGCUACUAUUUAUUUAGUU